AUGAAGUUCACAAACGCAAUCGCUCUCGCCAUGUUGGCUGCUACUGCCACCGCCGUCGCGGUCCCAGAGCCAUGGUGCGGAAGACCCGGACAACCAUGCAAGCGUGAGGCCGUCGCCGUCGCUGCCCCAGUCGCUGAGGCAUGGUGCGGACGCCCCGGACAACCAUGCAAGCGUACCCCAGAAGCCGAAGCUUGGUGUGGACGUCCCGGACAACCAUGUAAACGUACUCCUCUCGCCGAGGCCGAGGCCGAAGCUUGGUGCGGACGCCCAGGACAACCUUGCCGUGCCGUUAAGCGUGCUGCCGAAGCGAUUGCUGAGGCGCUUGCUGAGCCCACUGCUGAAGCCUGGUGCGGACGCCCCGGUCAACCAUGCAAGCGCGAAGCUCUUGCUGAGGCGGAGGCCAAUGCUGAGGCAUGGUGCGGACGCCCAGGACAACCUUGCCGCAAGGCCAAGAGAGAUGCGUUCGCUUUGGCUUACGCUGCCGAUAUUGCGCUUGCGCAAUUGUAA